AUGGCCUCGCUCCCGCCCUCCUCGCGCGCAGGCGCCGGCUCCGCCGCGAGAGCCGGCGCCGGCCGGCACCGCGGCGUGCUGUACGGCUCGCUCUCCUCCUUCCUCUCCGUCACCGCGAUGGCCGUCAUGUUUCCGUUCAUGCAGGUCCGGCGCGACGCCCUCGGCUGUGACGCGCUGUGCCAGGGCGGGCAGACGUCGCUCCGCUCGGCGCUGACGCUGGUCGGCGCGGCGGUGAUUGGGCGCGCGUCGGACCGCGUCGGCCGCGUCCCGAUGCUCUGGGUCGGGACCGCCGCCUCCCUCGCUUCGAUCGUCAUUUCGCUGUGUAGUGACUCGCUGACGGGCAUGCUCGCCGUUGUCCCGGCCGCGCUGCUCAACCAGAACUUCUCGGUGUGCAAGGCGCUCUUCUCGGACUACAUCGACGAGGCGGGCGGCACCGACGCCGACAAGGCCGGCGCCGUCGGCAAGCUCGGCAUGGCGGUCGGCUUCUCCUUCAUGGCGCUCCUCCUCUCCGCGGCCAUCACCGCCGCCUCCUCCGUCUUCCUGCUGCUCCUCCCCACGCCCUCCAGGCUCUCCAGGCAGCAGCGCGGCGGCGGCUUCCUCUCGCUGCCCGUGCUCAAGCUCCGCGGCGCGCAGCUGCUGAUGCUGGUGCGGCUGAAGAUGGCGCUCGCCUUCCACAUGUUUGCGCCCGUCUGGCAAGCGCGCUUCGACUUUGGGCCGCGCGACCACGCGCAGUUCAUGGGGCUCGUCGGCCUGACCUACGCGCUCUCGCAGGGGUUCAUCGCGAAGCCGCUCGUGCGAUCGUUCGGCGACAAGGUGUCUCGGCUGCUGCUCCUCUGCAUCCUGGUCCUCGGCGGCGCUCGGCCGCUCGCGCUCUACACGCAGUCGGUGGGGGUCGUCUACGCGUGCUACGUGCCGAUGGUGAUUGCACUCGGCGUGAUGAACACCGCAAUCACGACGGCGGCCUCGCGGCUGGCGCAAAAGGAGCAGCUGGGCGGCUUUUACGGCGUGAUGGAGUCGGUCGAGAAUGUGGCAGGCAUGGUCGGCCCUGCGCUCGGCGGGCUGCUGGCCAGGGUGGACGGCUUUCCCGCCACCCUGGCCGCCGUGGUCUGCUUCUAC